UUGACAAGCAAACAGAAAAAAAAUUAAAUACAGAAUAUACCGAAAAUAUUUUCUAUAGACAAGUUUUAUAUUUUUGAAGACGUACCAGGUGUGAACAUAAUAUAUCCAGCUAAAGAAAAGGUAGAAAAAUGCCACGUCUCAAGCCAACAACGAAAAUAGAUGUUAUCGGUAACUUGGAUUUGAGUCCUGAAAAGGCGGUUGGCGAUUACAUCGAAUCAAAGCAGCAGGAAGCUUAUUUCGUUAAACCACCGAAUUGGGACUCCGCUGGCGACUCUAUUGAGCUGCUUUACAUACGCAAUGAGCGAGAACAUGCCGCCAUGUUGCGCCUGCAAGAUGAAAUGCUGGAGAAUUCUAAACGUCAAGCGGCUAGUAAUGCCAGCCGUAUACGCAAACUUUACAAGAUACAUGCACAUUUGCGUAAGCGCUUCAUAGAAGUGAAUAAUUUCAUCAAAGAUUGCGAGGAUAAGAAGCGUGUUGCUGAUAAGAAAGUCACUGAAGAAACGGCUUUACACACGGAGUUGGCAGAGAAUAUUGAGAGAUUCAAGCGCGCUAUUUAUGAAUUGGCCGAGUUUCGUGAGGUAUUGAAGGCGACUGUAGACGAAUUGGAGCCAUACGAGACGGUCAUACAAGAGGUUGUGGAGAAGUCCGACAUCUUUGAUUCGGUGAAGGAUUGCAUGGAUCGCUGCGAUGCCUUGAUGUUAGCCCAAGUCGAAAUAUCGCGUUUGGAGCAGGAAAAAUUUCUGGAAAUAGAAGAGAUGCGUAAACGCAUGGUAAAAGUGACAAACGAAGCGGCGCUUACGGUGUUGGGGCUGAAAAACGACUUAGCUGAACUGGAACGAUCCUACAACAAAGCGCGCAGUGAGUGCUUACGCUGGGAGCGCAUUCUGGCAAAUGCCAAGGAUUGUGUGGCAACAAACGAGCUGAAUAAAGAUCGUGCAUUGGAUGGCAUACGUGAUAUUUAUAGAAUGCUGCGACGUAGACAAGGUCGUGAUCCAGUUUUUCAACGCCAUGAAGUCGAAAAAGAGUUGGAUUUUAUAAAAGACGAAAUAGAAUUGCUCAAUGAAGUUGUAAAAGAAUGCAGUAAGACGCGUGCUGGCACAAAACGUGAAUUUGUCGAGAGGGUAGAAGGCAAAUGUUAAAGCGAUUAAAAAAAAUAAUAUAGAACAAAAAAAAUCAAAAAAGAAUACAAUAAAAAAAAA